CCCUCUUUAUUGGAGGGCGGUGCGCGCGCGCCAGGGCGGCGGUGCGCGCGCGCCAGUCGGUGCCGGACCAGCGACGCGACACGCUCGCGCUCCUUCCGCACGUUCCCGCGGGAACAUCGUGCGCGCUGUGUGUAAACAACUCUGACCUGCAAAUCAACGAUAGUUCACAAAUGUAUUGGAUUGGACGCUCGUUUUAUAACUAAAUCCUGAUUGAUGCAAAAUAACGAUCGGAGCCAUUCCGUAUUGUGAAAAAAAUUAAGGAAGUUUAAUGGAUGGUACUAAUUUGGCGGUGAAUGGACGUGAAGUGGACAAUAAUCUUGUGAUUACGUGGAGUGUGACGUAGUGCGACGCGCGGGCUGCUCACGCGCCAUGCGUGCGCUGGCGCGCCUGCUGCUGCUCGCGGCGCUGCCGGCCCUCGCGGGUCGCGGCGGCUGCGCGGGCGAGGUGCUCUCGGUGACGGAGGGAGGCGCGGGCGCGGGGCCCGAGUUCGUGCGCGGCCCGACGACGCUGGUGGCGGCCGUGGGCAGCGACGCCGCGCUCGAGUGCCGCGUGCUGCGCCAGGGAGACAAAGCCGUGUCGUGGGUGCGGUCGCGGGACCUGCAGAUCCUGUCGCACGCGGGCGCGGUGUUCACGGCGGACGCGCGCGUGGCGGCGGCGGCGGCGCGCGCGGGCGCGGUCUCGCGGCACACGCUGCGCCUGCGCGGGCUGCGCGCCGCCGACGCCGGCCGCUACGAGUGCCAGCUCAACACCGAGCCCAAGAUGAGCCUGUUCUACAACCUCACGGUGGUCGAUGAGCCGAUGCCGGUAGUGGUGAUCUCGGCUGUGGACGGACGCGCGGUGCGCGGCGCGGCGGGCGGCGCGGCCACGCUGGCGUGCGACGCGCGCUACGAGCCGGCGCCGCGCGAGCUGCCGCUGCCGCCGCUCGACGUCCGCUGGACCAAGGACGGCCAGCCCCUCAACCUGCAGAGCAGCCGCGGCGGCGUGUCGCUGGACACGGAGCGCUGGGCGGCGCGCGCGCGGUCGCGGCUGACGCUGGCCGGGCUGCGUGCGGCCGACGCCGGCGCCUACACAUGCGCCGCGGGAGACGUCGCCGACGCCGUCUACCUGCACGUCGAUGCUGAAAGCCCAAUAGAGGCGAUGCAGCGCGACCAGUCAGCAUCAGAUGGCUCUUCAGAUCUCCAACGGCAUACGUUUUGGGCGGUUACGUUAGGCGUGCUACUUUUGCGGACGUUGCUCAACACUUGACCUUCGCGGAGAGCUUACGUUAUUAUGUAUAUUUUGCGUUUUUGUAAAUAUUGUAAAUAGUUAGUUAUUUAUAAUAGAGUCAGCGUGAGUGGAAAUAAAUACCGAGAUAGUGACAAGCUAAUGGUGUUUUUAUUUGA